CAGGUGAUAGUCACCUCGGAGUCCUUCACUCCCUCGGACACCAUGGAGAAACCUCUCUGUAACUACGACAAGGAGUACGAGCUGGGCAACCACCAGGAGUGUUGCGAGAGGGUAGUCAUUAAUGUGUCGGGCUUGCGCUUUGAGACCCAAAUCAAGACUCUGCGCCAGUUCCCCGACACCCUGCUGGGAGACCCCCAGAGGAGAAUCCGCUACUUCGACCCGCUCAGGAACGAGUACUUCUUCGACAGGAAUCGCCCGAGUUUCGACGCCAUCCUCUACUAUUACCAGUCCGGGGGAAGGUUGAAAAGGCCCAACAGCGUGUCGCUGGAGGUCUUCAUGGAAGAGCUAAGAUUCUACGAGCUGGGGGAUGAGGCGGUCACCAGGUUUCGUGAGGAUGAGGGCUUCAUCAAGGAGGAGGAACGGCCGAUGCCCAGCAACGAGUUUCAGAGGCAGCUGUGGCUGCUCUUCGAGUACCCAGAGAGCUCCUCCCCGGCCAAAGUGGUGGCGAUCAUCUCGGUGCUGGUGAUCCUGAUCUCCAUUGUGGUCUUCUGCUUAGAGACCCUACCUGAGUUCAGGGAUGAGCAGGAUCCGACUUUGCCUGUGCACUCCCUGCGGGGGAACAGCUCCCACUCAGAGUUUCCGAAUAGCCCCUUCCAGGACCCCUUCUUCGUGGUGGAGACCAUGUGCAUUUGUUGGUUCUCCUUUGAGCUCUUACUGAGGUUCAUUGUCUGCCCCAGCAAGCCCAGCUUCUUCAAGAACAUCAUGAACGUCAUCGACUUUGUGGCCAUCAUUCCCUACUUUGUGGCCCUGGGCACUGAGUUUGCCAGGCAGCGAGGGGUGGCACAGCCCGCCAUGUCCCUCGCCAUCCUCAGGGUUAUUCGUCUGGUCAGGGUUUUCAGAAUCUUUAAGCUCUCCAGACACUCCAAGGGUCUGCAGAUCCUGGGGCAAACUCUGAAAGCAAGUAUGAGGGAAUUGGGCCUUUUGAUUUUCUUCCUCUUCAUUGGGGUAAUUCUGUUCUCCAGCGCUGUCUACUUUGCUGAAUCCGAGGAUGAGAAUACAAGCUUCACAAGUAUCCCUGAGGCUUUCUGGUGGGCUGUUGUCACAAUGACCACGGUGGGAUAUGGUGACAUGUCUCCCAUGACUCUUGGAGGUAAGAUUGUGGGAUCCCUCUGUGCCAUUGCUGGCGUGCUCACGAUCUCAUUACCUGUCCCUGUGAUUGUCUCCAAUUUCAGCUACUUUUACCACAGGGAGAUUGAAAGCGAGGAUCAGACCCAAUACUCCCACGUGACGACCUGCCCUUACCUGCCUCCGAGCUCGAAAGCCCAGUCAUUGACUGGAAAAAGUACGGAGCUGGAAGAAGAACUUAUGGACAACCUCUGCAGACCCCUACAAAAUGACAUGUUGGAUGGUUUCUGCCCUACUGAUAGUGGACACCAUGAAUCCACCAGCUCACCGAACAGCAAGUCUUUGGUUACUCAAGUCUGA